AAAAAAAAAAAAAAAAAAAAAAAAAAAAAAAAAAAAAAAAUAGGCUUCACAUCUAUGAACGUAGUCAAAACAACUAAGGAUAACAAACAUAGAUGUAAUAAAUAUUAAACUUAUGCGAUUCGUUUUAGUAUAAUUAUCAUUGGGAAAUAUAAAAUCGAUAAGUGAAUAGAGAAGAGAGCGCGAUGCCGGCCAAUAUGAUGGAUGUAAUAUUAAGGUUCAACACUCAAACAGUGGGGCGGGACAGGCUUUUCAGAUUUUUACAAUAUGGAAGUCGACUAGUGUGGUGGUUAUUGGAGAAAUACAGCCAUGAUAAGGAUAAAGUUAGUAAAUUGAAGAAUUUAGAAUAUUCAUUAAGUACAGCUAGAAAAUUAUUUCACCUAGGACGCAGUCUCGAUUCAAUAUACGGAGCACUUAACACCAUCAAUUUGCCAGAUUUGACUUUAAGAUUAACACUCACUCUCUCCAGAAUCAAUAUGGCCCUCUAUCUGUUAGCAGAUAACAUGCUGUGGAUCGGGAGAGUUGGCCUAGCAAAAAUCAACAAAGCAAAGUGGUCCGAAAUUAGUUACAAACUGUGGUAA